UUGGCCAUGCGUAGAUUUAGGGGCCUGUAGUGAUUUCUUGGGCAGGAAUCUCAGAGCACUUGUAUCCUUGUGUUGGACGUCUUUGUCGCUGCUCUGUUAAAUCCAUCUAGUUCUGCUCUGGACUCCCUCUUGGCCUGCAUAUCUAAUGGAAAGGCCACAUUGUGUGUCUAUGUAGAGUAACCCGCUCACAUCCCGUCGCUCGAAAGACUGAAAAAGUGGACAUUCCCGCCGGUCCGUUCAUUAUGGGUUGCAGCAGGGCAGCUGUGGGCGUCCUCCUGAUCCUCGUCCUCCUUCAGGUACAGCUGAACCAGGGGCAAAGGUCACGGCUGGCAUCUGCAGAAACGAGGAAGCGUUUAUAUCAAAGGCUGAGGAGGCUGGACGAGCAGUUUAGAAGAUUCCAAGAGAUGACCCUCACGCAUCUUCAGAGCAUUGCUGAGAGCUACAACAUCUCCUACAGCAUGGACUCCCGCUUCCUCAUGCUGACCCAGCACUUUGAGGGCAUUUCAAAAGAGAUAAGCUCCUUUAGAGCGGCGACUGAGCAGGACCUCAACUCUCUAAAGUCAUGGAGCAGGAAACUGCAGAGGAAGACCAGGCGGCUGGAGCUGAGGCUGGUCAGCGCGGAACGGGCAGUCAAGGAGAACGCCCGGCUGGCCCACAGGCAGCUCCAGGAACACAGGACAGCUAUGGCCAACCUGACCCAGGAGCUGGGGGCUCAGCAGGGCCGAAUCAGGGCUGUGGAGGCCCAGCAAGGCGAGAUCCAUCACCUUCAGGAUGCCCUUAGAGAACAGAUGAGUAAGCUGGAGGAUCAAAUGAGGAGUGUCCAGCAUACUUCCGGAAACGCCCUCAGUAGGAAGGAGAAGAAUCAAGUUUUUUCACACAGAGCAGGGCAGCCCAAAGUUUCCAAGGACACCAGGAUGAAAAGUUGGCUUCCUCCUCCAGCAGUGAGGGCCACCAGCGCACCGGAUCCAUAUUCAGUGGAGACACCCAGUCAGACUGUCGCCCCGCCAACAUCUCCUCCCCUCAGACACAAGAUCCCACAGCACUACACCCCAAAGAAAGCCACUACAAUAUGCAAUGUGCACUCGAUGCUGCUGUUCCCAUCUGCAUCCACCAAAAAUUACGUCACCUUCCACACACCUUUCCUGACCGGCGUCCACGAGCUGUCCGUGUGCACCUGGCUGAGAGUGGACGCAGGGUAUGUGGGCACGCUGCUGUCUUAUGCCACCGAGGACAACGACAACACUCUGGUCCUCUACGGCCGCAGGUCCAGCGUGCUAGGCAACAUGGACUUUGUGAUCGGAGAUCCGGCCUACCGUGAACUGACCACAGACAACAUGCUUGAUGGCCAGUGGCACCAUAUGUGCGUGGUUUGGUCUUCCAUUGAAGGCCGAUUUUGGCACUACGUCGACCGGCGCCUCAUCUCCACUGGCUCCAAGUUCCAGAAGGACUACGAAAUCCCUCCACGUGGAUCCAUGAUCCUGGGACAGGAGCAGGACACGGUAGGAGGAGGGUUCGACCAGGCCGAGGCGUUUGUGGGCAGGCUGGCUGGCUUUGCCUUGUGGACCCGGGCGCUAAGUCCAGGUGAAGUAUCUGGGCUGGCCACUGGGAAAGGGCUGCCUAGAGGAGCAGCGCUGACCCUGGAUGAUGUGGAAGCUCUGCAUGGCUCCGUCCAGCAAGUGACCUGCCAAUGUCUGGAACAUUGUACCUAGAUAAAUCGAAAUAAAAUACAAAUUUACACAACCUAGCUCAAAUAUAAUCAGCCGAUACAUGUUCAGUGUCUGUUAUAUGGCAGCAGUAAGAUAUUCAGCUUCCUAGCAGUAUGUUAGCUCUCUGCCUUCCUUCCGUAUUCACAAGAUUCCCAAAAGUCCACCUCAAAUGUUACUUCCACUUUGUGGCAAUACAGGACAGUGCAAAAAGCUAAUUUGCACUCCUACCACCUUGUAGAUGUAAAGUCAGAGACGAUAGCUCAUCUGCUGCUGCACAGUUUGUGUUGGUCAUCCUCUAGUCCUUCAUCAGUGGUC